AUGGGGGGCGGGGGCAAGGCAGACGCGGGCGGUGCCGGGGGCGGCCAGCAUUACGUGGUUCCCGGCGGUAUUUGGUUGCCGACGCCCAGAACGCAGGGCACGAGUAGCUUUUCUCCGAGCAGCAGCGCCGGCGGCGGCGGGGGCGGAGGGGCGGGGGGCGGCGGCGGGGGCAGCGUUGCGGCGCGGGAGAGAGAAGAGGGCGGGGCCGAGAGCAGAAGCAGCGCUGCCAACGGCGGGUUCUUUGGUGGCAACGAGCCGCACUGUGCGCGAUGUAGCAACGCGGAUGCCGGCGGGCAAGCGCAGGUGAUCACAUGCAGCGAAUGCAGCCAAGGGUUCCACACCUUCUGCGUGGGGGAAAAGCGGAUACCCUACGCGCUGUUCCCGCCGGAGCAGCGCGUUCUCCGGGACGCCUUCGUCGCCGAGCACAUCGGCGCAAGGUGGCAGUGCUCCAAGUGCCAGACCCAGGCGUCCCAGGCGACCAUGUCCCCGUUCCAGGCGGCCGGUAACGACUUGUACACGCCCCCGUACAGAGAUUUCGGCUCGCGGUCUUCGUCCACAAGCAAGCUGCUGGUUCUGCCGGGAGUCAAGGAGGACGGCGGUGGGACGGGGUCUUCCUCUUCCGUCGUCUCCCUGUCGAGGGGGGUGAGCGGCGACGGGGGCGACUUCGACGCAGACCUCGCGGACGUUUCGCCGUCCAAGGGACCCGUCGAGCCGUCGUCUGCGCCCCUGCCGGCGCCUUGCUGGUCGAGGUCGGAGUCGAAAGAUGCGGUGGUGGUGGAGCCCUCGUCUGCGCCCUCCUGGCUGCUGGCGCCGGGGACGGGUCCCGCGACGCCCCGGAAAGGGAAGGCGGUUGCCGAGGCAGGGGGAGGCGAAGAGGUUGGGGGUGAAGAGAAGGGUGACGAAGAGGCAGAUGGUCCUGAGGCCGGCGGCAGAGCGCAAGAGGCGGCGACAGAAGCCGGUGCUGCGAAAGGCGAGGCAGGAGGAGGAGGAGGGAAGCCCGACGGUGCGGAGGAUGGCACGGGCGACGACGCCGAGGCAGCGCCGCCGGUUGAGCGGGAGGGGGGUGAGGGUGAGGGUGAGGUGGUGGCAGUAGACGCGGAAGACAGGGAGGAGUCCGAGAUGAGCGCCGAUAGUUUGGACAACUUCAAGAACGAGCAGCGAGCGGCGGAACUAGCCGUCACAGGUGGCGUUCGCAAAAGCGCAGAGGGAGGCGAGGCGGAGGAAGUCGUUUCUCCUUCCGCCGCCGCCGCCGCCGCGUCCGCGAGCGAUGACGGGCCGGAGUUGUCGACGAUAGCCGGGGAGGAGGCCUCGGAAUCGGCGGUCGAACCGCCGAAAGAGCUCGGCACAGAGGCGCCGGCCGUCGAAGGGGGAGGAGAAGAGGCGGGCAACGAACCAGGUGUCAGUUCUCCGGCUGCUGAGGUUCUGACGGGACCCGAAGAGCUGGUGGAGGACGCAGCUCCCGAGAGCGUGGAAGGCGAGGAGGAGUCCCGGAAAGAGUCCGUCGAUGUUCCGGUCGCAGCCCCUGGGUCGGAGGGUCUGGUGGACGACACCGCCGCUGAAAGCCAACCACCGGGAGCAGAGGCCGGUGAAAAAGAAUCGGGCGUCGCUGCUAUCCCUUCCUACCCUUCCCCCGGGUCGGGGAGACGGAGGGAUUCGUACGAUAUGGGUGGGAUCGCGGCGGGGCAAAGGGUUGUCGGAGAGGCCGCUCUGACUCCCGAAGGGGUCGAAGAAGAUUCUGGAGGGGAGGAGAAGGUGGUCGUGGAAGGAGCUACCUUCUACUCCACUCAGGAGCUCGGAGCCGAGCUCGCCGAGGGAGAAAAUAAUCGCGACGAUUCGUUCGCCAGCGCCGAGGAGGAGGAUGAAGCAGCAGAGGCCGUAGCGGCAGCAACAGCUAUCUCCGACGAGGCCGGUAUUUUGGAGCACGACGGCGAUGCCGGAUCGCUGUCAGCGCGUCCCCCGCCGAUGGCGCCGGUGUCGCAGGCACGGGAAGGAGAGCGGCAGGGGGAGGGGGAGGAGGAGGACGAGGCAGAAGGCAGCGGCGGCAGCACGUCAGGCAGACGAUCGCGACGGCCGCCCCGCCCUGCCGCCAUCGCUCUCUCUUCCCACGAUGACGACGAACAAUAUGGGCGGCAACAACCAGGCGCUCUCUUGCUCGAUUUUCCCAGGUCUCCCGCGUCCAGCCCCGCCGCCGGCGGGCGCAGCGCGGCGGGCCCGUCGUCUCUGCCGUCGCAGCAGUCGCUCUCCUCCCCCGGCGGGGUCGGUGGCUUCCCGGCGGCCUCCUCUCCCGGCAGGAUCAGUCCGCCGAGAUCGCCGUCCCCGAGCCGCGUCGGCUUCUCGGCCUCCCUACGGGCCAGGACCCCUCCGCGGUCCCCCCGCCGCCACCCGCCCGUCGGGCAAGAGCCGGGCGACCGGCUGCUGGAGACGAGUAAAGGCCCCGUCUGGAGCCCGGCCCAGUCCCCGAGGAGAAAGUCGGUGGCGAGGAUUGGGCAGACGACGCCCGAACAGGUAGGCGCCGGCGGGAAGCAAACACCCCGGGGGGAGAGAGAGCGGGAGGGCGGGCGCGGCGGCUCGCGUAGAGAGUCUUCCAGCUCGAAGUCGUCCUUGCGCCGGUCUUCGUCGUCUUCGGUGGUAACACGGCCGCUGCUGAGCGACGGGGAAGACGGCGGUGGGAGCGCCGGCAGAGGGGGAAGCAGGGGCGGCGGCGGCGGCGGCGGCGGCGGCGGCGGCGGCGGGAGGCGCGGGAGCGGCGCGUCGAGCCUGCUGAGCAGCGUCGUCAGCAACGCGGCCGACGACGACUCUAUCCCUUCGAGCGGCAGCGGGGCGGCGUCGGGGGGCAAGCCCAAGCUCCGGCGGGUGGAGAGCCUCAACAACUUGAGGGAGGAUGGGGAAGAGUACGGCGGCAAGUCGGAAUCGAGGGACAGGUCGUUCACCGCCGCCAACAUCGACCCUGACGCCUUGGGCCAAGACCUUGCGGCCGUGGUGACCCACUUGAAGGAGGACGGCCUCACGCCCGAGAAAUUUCAGAAAUCGCUCCAGAGAAAUCACCACAGGACGCCGUCGAUGCCGUCGCCGAGCACCAGCUCUGCUGGCGCGACUCUGGAACCCGAGCCCGCCCCCGCCAAAGAGGCGCUGGAGGUGGCGAAGAGGGCCGCACAGGCAGCGAGGGACCCCCGCAAGGACCCCGAGUACGCCAAGUUCUUCAACAUGCUGGAGACGGGGGUGCCCCGCGAGACUGUGGAGCUGGCCAUGCUGAUGGAAGGGAAGUAUCCGGCCGUCCUCAACACCCCACUGCCGGGCCCGGCGGUGGAGAAGAUCACGUCGACGGCGGCCGCCGAGGCGGCGCAGGUGGCGCUCUCCUGGGCGGAGCGAAGCCCCGGGUCUAGCAGGCCGUCCCGGAGGGAGCGGCGACAGACCUCGGCCGCUUCUGCCUCGUCUCUUUCACCACGAGAGCGUCGGAAUGCUGCUGCUGCUACCGCCACGACCCUGACUUCUUCUCGUUCGCCGCGGGAGCGUCCGAAUGCUACUGCCACGGCCGCCGCCGGCGCCGCUUCUUUGUCGUCUCGUUCCCCGCGAGAGAGACGGAGACCACGGCGUGGCGGUCCCGAGGCCGCCGCCGAGGCGGCCAAGGAGGCCGUGGACGGACUAGUUCCCGCUCGGGAGAACCCCCUGUACGCCGGGUUCUUUGACAUGCUGAGCCGGGGGAAGCCGAAGGGGGAGGUGGCGGCGGCGAUGGAGUCGGAAGGGGUCGACGCCGCGGUGCUGGACGCCCCCGACGCUCUGUUCCCGCUGCCGUCCCCGAGAAGACAGGGACGACGGCAUGCAGCGGCGGCGGCGAACGUAGUAGAUGUGGAGGCAGAGCCGGAGCCGGAGCCGGAUAGAGCGACCAGCUACGCGGCGGAGGGAGCGGAAGCGGCCGCAGCGGAGGCGUCGAAGGCGAUGGAAGAGAUCUACGCGCACAUCGCCGCCCAGAAGCUGGCGGCGGCGCAGCAGGAGGCGGCGGCAGAGCCGGAGAUAGUUGCCGCUGUGGCUGCUCCCCCUAGCGAGGUGGCGGCGAAGGAGCACCCGGAUUUCUUCAAGUUUUUCAAGAUGCUCGCCAUGGGGAUGCCCAAGGGGGCGGCGUUGCAGGCCAUGGCGAAGGCUGGGGUCGACGCCGCGGUGCUAGAAACCCCGGACGCGCUGCUGCCGCUCUCGGCCGAGCAGCAGGCGGAGCUUGCGGAGCGGCGAGACGCGGCCGCUGCGGCGGCGGCGUUGUCGGCGGAGGCGGCGAGCCAGAGGGGUGGCGAGGGCGGAAAAGGGGCUUCGCCGCCGGCGGGACCGCCGAAGGGCAUGGCGCCGGCCAAGGACCACCCGGACUACCGGAGUUACUUUAAGAUGCUGAAGAUGGGGAUCCCUCGAGGGGCCGCGCUGCAGAAGAUGGCGAAGGAUGGAGUUGAUCAGUCGAUUCUCGACACGCCGGAGGCGCUGUUUUCGUUGCCGGAGUCAGGAGGCAAAGCGGCGGUGGCAACGGCGGCGACAGCGGCGGCGGGGGCGGCGGGGGCGGGGGCGACGGCGGCGGCGGCGGCGGCGGCGACAGCGGCACCAACCAUGGUCGCCGUAAAGGAUCAUCCGGACUACCAGAAGUAUUUCAAGAUGCUGAGGAUGGGGCUACCACGGGGGGCGGCGCUUCAGAAGAUGGCAACAAAGGGCGUGGACCAGUCAAUCCUCGACACGCCGGACGCGAUGGUUCCUGGACCGUCGGUGGAGGUGGCAGGGAACGGUGCGCCUGACGUAGCUGGAGUGCCGGCGCCGAGCAUGGUGGCGGCCAAGGAUCACCCGGACUACCAGAAGUACUUCAAGAUGUUGAGGAUGGGACUGCCGCGGGGGGCGGCGCUUCAGAAGAUGGCAACUGAGGGCAAGGACCAGGCGAUCCUCGACACGCCGGACGCUAUGCUCCCGUUGGCAGAGACUGAGGGUGGAGCGGAAGCGGCAGCGGCAGCGGCAGCGGCAGCGGCAGCGGCAGCAUCAGCAACAGCACCGAGCAUGGUGGCGGCCAAGGAUCACCCGGACUACCAGAAAUACUUCAAGAUGUUGAGGAUGGGACUGCCGCGGGGGGCGGCGCUUCAGAAGAUGGCAACUGAGGGCAAGGACCAGGCGAUCCUCGACACGCCGGACGCUAUGCUCCCGUUGGCAGAGACUGAGGGUGGAGCGGCAGCGGCAGCGGCAACAACAGCACCGAGCAUGGUGGCGGCCAAGGAUCAUCCGGACUACCAGAAAUACUUCAAGAUGCUCAAGAUGGGGCUACCGCGGGGGGCGGCGCUUCAGAAGAUGGCAACUGAGGGCAAGGACCAGGCGAUCCUCGACACGCCGGACGCUAUGCUCCCGUUGGCAGAGACUGAGGGUGGAGCGGCAGCGGCAGCGGCAGCGGCAGCAUCAGCAACAGCACCGAGCAUGGUGGCGGCCAAGGAUCAUCCGGACUACCAGAAAUACUUCAAGAUGCUCAAGAUGGGGCUACCGCGGGGGGCGGCGCUUCAGAAGAUGGCAACUGAAGGCAAGGACCAGGCGAUCCUCGACACGCCGGACGCUAUGCUCCCGUUGGCAGAGACUGAGGGUGGAGCGGCAGCGGCAGCGGCAGUGGCAGCGGCAGCAACAGCACCGAGCAUGGUGGCGGCCAAGGAUCAUCCGGACUACCAGAAAUACUUCAAGAUGCUCAAGAUGGGGCUACCGCGGGGGGCGGCGCUUCAGAAGAUGGCAACUGAAGGCAAGGACCAGGCGAUCCUCGACACGCCGGACGCUAUGCUCCCGUUGGCAGAGACUGAGGGUGGAGCGGCAGCGGCAGCGGCAGCAACAGCACCGAGCAUGGUGGCGGCCAAGGAUCAUCCGGACUACCAGAAAUACUUCAAGAUGCUCAAGAUGGGGCUACCGCGGGGGGCGGCGCUUCAGAAGAUGGCAACUGAGGGCAAGGACCAGGCGAUCCUCGACACGCCGGACGCACUCGUACCUCUUGCGCCAGCCCCCUCCCCCGCCACUGAUGCCACCCCAGGCAAGGGGAUCCCAACGCCGCCGCUGUUGCCAGGAAUGGGCGGAGGAAUACCGCCGCCGCCGCCGUUACCUGGAAUGGCCGGAGGAAUCCCCCCGCCACCGCCGUUGCCAGGAAUGGCCGGAGGAAUCCCGCCGCCACCGCCGCUACCGGGAGCAAGCGGAGGAAUCCCGCCUCCGCCGCCGUUGCCAGGAGCAAGCGGAGGAAUCCCGCCUCCACCGCCGUUGCCAGGAGCAAGCGGAGGAAUCCCGCCUCCGCCGCCGUUGCCAGGGGUGGGCGGAGGAAUCCCGCCGCCGCCACCGUUACCAGGAAUGGGCGGCGGCGGGGGCAUCCCGCGGCCGCCGCCGAUGCCGGGAUCGGGCGGCGGGGGCAUCCCGCCUCCGCCACCAAUGCCGGGGAUGGCGGGGCGUGGUCCCCCCAUGCCGCCCCCGUUGCCCGGGAUGGCCCGGGGACCUGCAGGGCUCCCACCCCCGCCGCCGCUUCCGGGCAUGAUGGGUAGGGGGCCGCCGGCUUUGCCCCCUAGGGGGCCCGGCGGGAUGGCGCGGCCGCCGCCGCGGCCGGCGGGGCCGAAGAAGCCCAAGGACAAGCGGCGGAAGCUCCACUGGAAGACCAUCCCUCACGCGCGGCUGCAGAAGACGGAGAGCAUCUGGAUGGAGACGGAAGUAGCCACCGACAUCCAGAUCGAUCUCGAAGAAUUCGAGGAGCUGUGGGUCGAGAAGGCGGAAAAAGUGGCCCCCAAGAAGAAGCUGGAUGAGGCGAAGAAGAAAGACGUGAAGAAGGAGGCGCCCAAGGAGAUCAGCCUGCUGGACGGGAAGCGCGCGAUGAACACGUCCAUCGCGAUCGCCCGCAUCAAGAUGACCUACGCUGAGACCCGCCAGGCGGUCAUGAACAUGGACGAGACCGUUCUGUCUUCGAACGUGCUCCAGUCGCUUCAGGAAUUCAUGCCGACGACAGAGGAGGAAAAGACCCUGCUCAACUACAACGGCGACCCAGCCUUGCUCGGAAACGCGGAAAAGUUUAUGCUGGAGAUGAUCAAGGUGCCGAAGCGCGAGCUGCGUCUCAAGGGCAUGCUGUUCAAGCAGCUGCUCCAGGCUAGGCAGGACGACAUGCGAUCCAUGGCCGGGCUUAUCAACUCGGCGUGUCUGGACGUGAGGCUCAGCCGGCGCCUGAAGAAGCUCUUGGGAAUAAUCCUCAAGCUCGGGAACCAGCUCAAUGAGGGUCAAACCACGGGGUUCACCCUAGACUCGCUCCUCAAGCUCAACACCGCAAAGGCGUUCGACAAGAAGACAAGCAUCCUGCACUACCUCGUCAUGCUCGCCAGGAGGAACGAUCCCACGCUCCUCGACUUCAAGGAUGAUCUAAAACACGUGUUCCCGGCGUCCCGGCUCCUCAUCUCGACGGUCACGGCGGAGCUGUCGGACCUUAACAAGGGGUACGCCUCCUUCAAGCGCCUUGUGGAGGGAGACCCCAACCUACGACCGCGUCCGCCGGAGGCGUCGCCGAAGGGGGGGGCUGGUGCUCCGCCGUCCCCGGGUAGCCUGUCGCGUUCGCCAAGCUCUGGCGGCGGCGGCGGCGGUGACUCGGAGGGGGCGGGGGGCGAGUCGUCGUCGCCGUCGUUGUCCAGCAGCAGGUCGGAGAAGCUGGCGACGCUCUCGAGGCAGAAGACCCACAACAGGGAGAGCAAGUGCAACGCUGGAAAGACUAUCAUCAACUUCGAUAUGGCCACCGAGGCGGGCCGAGCGGCCGCGCUCAAGGCAGGCCAAUCAGCGUCGGAGCUGGAGACCAUACCGGAGGCUUCUUCUUCGGCCGGGGGCAGCAGCGCCGGCGUUGGCGAUGACGGCGGAGGCGGGGGUGGGAAGGGUACGGAGAGCGGGUGGUUCGGGCAGGGUCUCGCCAAGUGCUCGCUUCCGAUGCCACGGGGCCUGGUGUCCGGCAGCGACGAACCCCGCGCGCCCAGCGGCGGCGGCGGCAAGAGAAUAAGCAAGGGCCUCUCGAAUUGCUCCCUCCCGAUGCCGAGCAGCCUCGCGCCCAAGGUGCUUCCCCCUGUGGAGGCCGUACGCUGGAUCGCCCAGGGUCUCGCGGAAUGCCAGAUCCCGAUGCCGUGCGGGCUGGCGCCGGCCCCGGGCAAGCGCUCUCCCCCUCCCCCGGUUACCCCCGGGAGGACUCCGAAAAAGUCGCCCAAGAAGCUAGAGCCACGAGAGGCGCUUGGAGUGUGGAUGAAGCACGCGGAGGAGGAGCUGGCAGCAUCGGAGACCCUCGUGGAAGAGAUGCAAUCCAACUUCUCAGGGGCGCUGUCGUACUUCGGAGAAGAUCCCGAGCUGACCCCUCAGGAGUUCUUCACGACACUGCACUCUUUCAUCAAGGCUUUCGACGAGGCGCGGGCCUACGUGGACCGCCAGGCCAAAAAGAAGGAGCAGGAGCGCAAGCUCGAGGAGAAGAAGGCCGCUGCCGCGGCGAAGAAGAAGCGCCUGGCGGAGGAGAAGCGGCGGAAGUCCGCCGAGCUGCUCCGAGCGGGCUCGACAGACUCGUCGGAAGGGGCGGCGGCGGCGGCGGCGGCGAAGGGAGGCGGUGGAGGGGCCGAAGAGUCCUCUCCUACCAAGCAAGACGGCGGGGGGAGCGUCAAGGGGCGCAGGAACAGUGGGGGUGGAAGGCCUUGUUGCCGGGGAAGGAGCGGCGGCCGCUGCUGGCGCCGCCGGCGAGGGCUCGGGUCCGGCUGUUGCCGAUGGUCCCGGCAAAGAAGAGGCGGUCAAGGUUGGCGAUGCCGGCGGUGA